AUGGACCGUGCCGAGGACAAAUCUGCGCCUCAACAUCCCGGCGUUGCUCAACUGGGAACGUUCGCAAAGCUCCCACUUGAACUUCGUUGGAUGAUAUGGGAAUCUGUCUUCGAUGAAAUACAUCCCACCCCUUUUGCUUUAGCUAUCUUGCUUUGCAGUCGAUACCUCUACCAAGAGAUAUCAGACCAUCUUUUUAAGGACUUCGAGCACGAGUUUCAAGUUGCGGGCGGGCUGAGAUUCAAUUUUACUACCAGGCGGACACAUAACCACGGAUGGGAAUUGAAGACUAUUGAAGCUGUUCGCAACCAUCUCCAUACCUUUCCAUGGAGAAGAAUCGGGGGUAAAAUGUUAGUUAACAUCUCAUCUCCCCCUCAAGAAGAUCCCGGUCAAAUCGUGCAAAUUUGGCAGAAGGUCAACCAACUCAUCAAUACACUAAAUACAACGCCUUCAGCUCCUUCAGUAUGGGUGAGCCUACUAGAAGAUUGGUCGAGGGAUAAGAAACCACAAGAGAGUAUCACAUAUACCAACGGAUAUCGCCCCGAUCAUGAUAUUGCAAUCAUCCCUUUCACACGCCUUUCAAAUUGGUACUAUCGAAUACCACCGGCCUAUUCUGCUACGCUAGCGACCGAACGGGAGUUACGAGAGGAGUCUCAGUCUCUUCUAUACAAAAAUGAGAAUGAUUGUACAUCUAACGGCUGGAGUUUCAUCACUACGGCACCUAGAGAUUGGCUCAUCGAUACCCGAAUAUUUCUAGACACGAAGCUCGAUGAUAUUCCUGGGAAAACGGCUGCAGUUCUUCGGCUGGAACGAUUCCAAAUCUGGAAGUCGGAAUACGAAAAACAAUUCGUUACGGAUCUUCGGACACGCCGACAUAUUGUUCUGAAGCAUGACCCCAUGUUACGUGCGGCUAUAAUAAGAUACAACUUAUUCAUGUGUUUUAAUCCUCUUCCCUCGCACGAUGACCUAGAGAAACUGAAGGCUGCUUGGAUCCGGCCAUGGAGAGAUACCAGGUAUGCCGAAUCUCUUUGGUCAGGUUAUUUUGGAGAUAGUACGCCUAGCCUCACCUCCUGGUUCGUGGAUGACAGUAGGUUCCCUGGCACAGUGUUCGGGAGGUUUCUGGCUAAGGAGGCUAGAGCAAUUCCAAACAGGGUACCUUCCUAUUUGCCUGAUCCUGAUGAGAGCGAUUGA